AUGAGCAGACCCAGGUGCAGUGUUUUAGUAUUGUUGACGCUGUGUGCUAUAGCGGCGUGGUCAUCAGCACAGGUCACAUUCAGUCGCGACUGGUCCGGGGGCAAGCGCUCCCCUCCAGCCGUCUUCGACUGUGGACAAUUGACAACACUUUGUCGCCAUUUUUUGCACGAUUUAAAGCAAACGAUGUCUGGCAAAAAGUUGGACAAACACCAGCAGCUGCAGUCAGAGGAGCUACAGCUUGUUUAUGAAGACGAGAAAUAG